GCUUGGCAGGCAAGCUUCCCCAGCCCAGAUAACGACUACAUCGUCACUCGCGCGUUGCAGUCAAAUGGACUGCGCGAGAGCACAGCAAUUGGGACGCGGUUCUGCCAUUUGAAAACCAGCACGGCGACUCAAUGCUCCGUACGAUUAUCCCCCGCCUUCCCAGGCGGACUGCAUCGGUACGGCCGCCGUCCGCCUUCGUCGCCGGUGCCGUCGGCGUAAACUCGCGACGGCUCUUGUCGGUAAACAGCAGAAUGGCCCCUUUGCUGCCACCGCUCGAUCCGACGAUACCAUCCACAACACCCAGCGCAUCAUACCAGCUUCUCCCGGAGGCACAAAAGGCAGGCCCAGCCGAGGAUGCCCUGCACCAACAACAAGUGAAGGAGGUCGAGGCCUGGUGGGCGUCACCCCGGUUCGCCGGCAUCAAGCGGGACUGGACAGCUGCAGAGGUAGUGAGCAAGCGCGGAUCACUGCAGCAGUCGUACCCGAGCUCUGUCAUGGCGCGCAAGCUGUGGAACCUCGUCCGGGAGCGCGAGGCAGCCGGCCAACCGAUCCACACGAUGGGCGCGAUUGACCCGGUCCAGAUGACACAGCAAGCGCCGCACCAGGAGGUUCUCUACAUCUCUGGGUGGGCAUGCUCGUCUUUGCUCACAACCACAAACGAGGUGUCGCCCGACUUUGGCGACUACCCGUACAACACGGUGCCCAACCAGGUGCAGCGCAUGUUCAAGGCGCAGAGCAUGCACGACCGCAAGCACUGGUUCCUACGAUCCCAAAUGACGGCCGAGGAACGCGCCAAGGCGCCCUACGUCGAUCACUUCCGCCCCAUCAUCGCCGACGGCGACACGGGCCACGGCGGCCUGACAGCUGUCAUGAAGCUGGCCAAGCUGUUCGCCGAGAACGGCGCGGCGGCGGUGCAUUUUGAGGAUCAGAUGCACGGCGGCAAGAAGUGCGGCCACCUGGCGGGCAAGGUGCUGGUCCCCACGGGCGAGCACAUCAACCGGCUGAAGGCGGCGCGCUUCCAGUGGGACGUCAUGGGCACCGAGAACCUGGUCAUUGCGCGCACCGACUCCGAGAGCGGCAAGCUGCUGUCGUCGUCCAUCGACGUGCGCGAUCACGAGUUCAUUCUCGGCGUGGCCGACCCGGCGGUCGAGCCGCUGGCCGAGACGCUCGCGGCCAUGGAAGCCAAGGGAGCGUCGGGCUCCGAGGUUGACGCGUUCGAGGCGCAAUGGGUCAAGACCACCAAGCUCGUCACGUUCGACGAGGCCGCCGUGGCGCACUUCCAAGCCCACGGCGGCGCCAGCGCGGACAAGAUGGCGCAGCAGUACGCCUCGGCCGUCGCGGCCGACCGCGACAUGGGCGUCAGCGCCCGGCGCAAGCUGGCCGAGUCCCUCAUGCCGGGCCGCCCCGUCUACUGGAGCUGGGACGUGCCGCGCACGCGCGAAGGGUUCUACCACUUCCGCGCGGGCAUGGCCGCGGCGACCAAGCGCGCCCUCGCGUUCGCGCCCUACGCCGACAUGCUCUGGGUCGAGACGGGCGACCCAGAUGUCCGGGUUGCGACGGACCUCGGCCGGGCGGUGCGCUCCGUGUUUCCGGGUAAGCCGCUCGUGUACAACCUCUCGCCGUCGUUCAACUGGAUGGCGCACGGGUUCACGCCCGAGGCGCUGAGAAGCUUCAUCUGGGAUAUCGCCAGGGAAGGGUUCGUGCUGCAGCUGGUGAGCCUGGCGGGGCUGCACAGCACGGCGACCAUUAGCAGCGAGCUGGCGAGGCGGUUCAAGGGCGAGGGCAUGGCCGCGUACGUCGAGAUUGUGCAGCGCAGGGAAAAGGAGCUGGGCGUGGAUGUGCUCACGCACCAGAAGUGGAGCGGGGCGAGUUAUGUGGAUGCCGUGCUGGGGCAUAUCCAGAGCGGAAGCUCGGGGAGCAAGAGCAUGGGCGAAGGGAAUACCGAGGGGCAGUUUGUAUAGUACGGAUUUGCCGUGGUAACGCAGACACAGCCUAUAACUAAAGCGCAUCUCGAGUCAAGGAUUAAGUUGUUGAACUGCGU